AUGUUCACUCAACUGCGACCCCAAGUGUUCCUAGGGUCCCUGGCCCCGAAUUUCAAAGUCAGCACGUCUCAGGGACCUUUGGAGUUUUAUAACUACACGAAAGACUCAUGGUGUUUGUUCUUCUCACAUCCGGCUGAUUUCACGCCCAUAUGUACCACGGAAAUUGGAGCGUUAGCGCAGUUAUCCGGUGAGUUUGAACAAAGAAAUUGCAAGUUACUUGGCCUCUCAACCAACUCGAGAGAGACGCAUGUGCGAUGGAUUCAGGAUAUUGAAAGCGUCACCGGGACCAAAGUAAAGUUCCCGAUAGUCUGUGACGAGGAUCGUCGAGUCUCUACGGUAUAUGGAAUGAUUGACCCGCGGAAUCUCGACUCACAAGGUCGUCCCGUACCUCUGCGAUUUGUAGUCAUCAUCGAUCCGCGGCAUGAAAUACGUUUGCUACAGGCGUAUCCGUUAUCGACUGGGCGGAAUACGGCUGAGCUGCUGCGAUGUUUGGACUCUUUGCAAGUGGUAGACGAAAUGAAGGGGAAAGUUAUGACACCGAUAAACUGGAUCCCCGGUGAUGAUGUGAUUUUAGCGCCCGAGGUAAGCCCGAGAGAAGCAGAACGAGAUUUCCCAAACUCGCGCGAAAUUCGGCCGUACCUGCGCUUUACACCGUUGGACGUUGAUUGA